AUGAAUUUCGACCUGUCUUUGGUUUCAAUUGCUGACAACGCUACGGCGUUGCAACCCCCACCUGCGUCCUCAAACGCCAUUCCAGAUACUCGGGCACGAAAGAAGAAGGCGCCGACACUUCGCGAAAGUGACUGGGAGCCAUACAAAGACAGGAUUAUACAGCUACACCUCACGGAGAAGCGACCCCUUACAGAAGUCAGGACCACAGUGGAACAAGAGUUCGGCUUCACUGCUGAGUAUAUUGAGCACCAUGCUGUUCUGUCGUAA